AUGGACAAUAGGAUCACUAGAGAUGAUCUUGAUGAGGAGGCGAUUAACAAUGAAAUAUUCAGUGACAUAGAGCCUGUAACCUGGUCGAAUGACGACAGUAACUAUGACUUGGACGACAUCAACAUGUUUUUCCACAGGGUGAACUCAGACCAAAUUAUUUACGAGGAAAAAAAGAAAACGUGUAAAUUAAUUGGCAAAUAUGUCAUGGGGGAUCUUUUGGGGGAAGGGAGUUAUGGUAAAGUCAAAGAGAUGCUCGACUCAGAAACUCUAUGUAGAAGAGCCGUCAAAAUUCUGAAGAAAAAAAAACUUCGUAGGAUACCUAAUGGAGAACUAAAUGUUCAACGGGAAAUACAACUGCUGCGGAUAUUGAAACACCGAAAUGUUAUUGGGCUAGUGGACGUUCUGUAUAAUCAUGAAAAAGAAAAAAUGUAUUUGGUAAUGGAGUUUUGCGUGGGAGGGUUGCAGGAUAUGUUGGAAAGUACACCACAUAAAAGAUUUCCACUAUGGCAAGCACAUGAAUAUUUCAUCCAGUUAAUAGAUGGCUUAGAAUAUCUGCAUGGCAAAGGAAUCGUUCACAAAGAUAUUAAACCGGGAAACUUGCUUUUGACUUUAGAUGGUACCUUAAAAAUCAGUGACUUUGGUGUGGCUGAGGCCCUAGAUAUGUUUGCCAAGGAUGACACGUGUACUGCAGGUCAAGGAUCUCCUGCCUUUCAACCCCCUGAAAUUGCUAACGGCUGUGAUACAUUCGCUGGUUUCAAAGUAGAUAUUUGGAGCAGUGGCGUUACUUUAUAUAAUAUUACAACAGGCGAAUAUCCCUUCGAAGGGGACAAUAUUUACAAGUUAUAUGAGAAUAUUGGAAAAGGUGAAUAUAAAAUACCAGAGGCUGUAGACAGUUCCUUACGAUCACUGUUAGAGGGAAUGCUACAAAAGGAAGUCGAUCGAAGAUUUACGUUGCAGCAGAUCAGACAACAUUCGUGGACAUUAUGGAGACCGCCAAAAACACUGGAAGAAGUCCCCGUGCCACCUCUUAGGGGCGAUGAAUGGCACACUAUGACCGUUCUGCCAUAUCUCAUGGAACACCAUUAUGGCGUUGAAUCAAAUCCCACCUAUUAUACAGAGCAUGAACUUAAUGAAGAAAGAAAACUCCAAGAAAUGGACAGAAGUAUCGGAAAUCAAAAAGAUGCGUGUAAUAGUCAUAUGAAACAACUUGGUCAUCAAGGCAAAAGGAGAUGGCGCAAGCCAAUAUCGUGUAUCAGCGUAAAAAAAUUUCCAUCUUGUAAGCCUUCGUGAUUUACUAUAUUGUCAAUAAGUAUUUUUACUGACCAUGUCAGUUAUAUAUUUUCUCUAUGUUGGAGAUGGAACGAAUAUUUACGAUAGGAGAAAUGCGGUGUGUCAAGAUUGACAUGAAAAAUUCAACCUGUAAAUCAUACGUUUCUAUCUAUUGAUAACCAAAUGCCAAGGUUUUUUUUAUUCAACAAAAGUAAAAUCAUCCUAAAUAGUAAUUACCCAAUCUGCUCUCGCCAAACAUUCUUCAGCAUUCUCAAGCAGCAUUAUGUUCCGUUUAAAUAUUUUUUCAUCCAUAUCCAGAAUUCUGGUUUCCCAGAAACUGGUCUGCCAUAAUAAGAGUAUCGUUUCAGGGUCUGCUUAUCGCACUGUAAUAUAUUACGACUACAGAAUUGCAUUGUAGCUCCUACACUGGCUGGUCUGUUUGACAAGUUAAUCACCUAGUUGCAUUCAAGAGAGCUAGAAAACAAAUCCACUGCUUUUUCACAGUAGUUGACAUUGUAAUUACGCAGAGUAGUGAUUCCGAUUUAUCCCCUAAACUGAAUGGAUAAACCGUGAGUUUGACUAAACGAGAAAUGUUGAAUAAUAACAUUAAACAAGUUUUCAAAAACUGUUUGUAUUUAUUCGAAUUUCGAGAUGAUAGAAAAAACAGAGCUGCUCUAUGACUGCCAAAAAAAGCAUAAAUCAGGCCGAUGAAAAAUUUCGUAUUUUUGUCAACUUUCAAAUCAAAACUAUUAUAGUACCUAUAUUGAAUUCAUUCGAGAUUCAUAUCUAAAAAAUUCAGAAUCUACUGUCUUAUAUAAAUAAUUGUGGUAAAGCUGAAUAAAUUAUAUCGUCUUUCGUCAAAUGAACAAAUAUCAAUUACUGUGCCCAGAGUGAUAACAACUGAUAAAUUACCUAGGGACGAAAAUCUCCGAGCUUAAUGCUGAACUUAAUAAUGAAGAGAUUCUAAUCAGACGAUUUGUUCAUUUAAACAUUUUGUAAAAAUGAAAAGAUUAAUUUUUGUAAAAAGUAGUUGUUACUGAUCGAUCAUAGAAAUUAAGACAUGUGUACAAAUCUUAUGUGUAGUGUUUCAUCUCGUUCAAUUGUUCGUUACUUAUUCAAAAUACAUAUUAGAAUAAUGCGUAAACAUAUUUGAAAUGUAACAUAUUGCAGGGUGUUUGGUAGAUUUUGAAAGAAAAAUCUGACAAAAAUAAUUGAACGUAAACCACUCUACCUGCAUAGUUCUACAAAUUAGCUGUGCAUAUAAACAAUGGUGCCAGUCGAGAAUAAAAUUAUAAAAUGUUUAAAUUUAAGUUUGGAAGAAGGUGACAAGUUCUCCGUAUCGUGGAUUUUAUCUCUCAUGAUAAUUCACCCAAAAUUAAAAAGUUGUUAAUUUCUCAUCCAUAAUUUUAUUAGAUAAAUCAUUCAUUAGAUGUUUCUGGUCGGAAAAUAUUUUCCUAGUUCCAGAAAAAUGUAUUGGAAAUCUCUUAUAGAAUAUACCAUGAAUGCAAUCAUUAUAUGAAUGUUGAAUGUGAUCUUCGAUUAAUUUGUUACCAGAUACUUUCCAUGCUAAUAUGAUGUAUAUUGCAUAAAUUUUAAUGACCAAUCAUCUCGUUAUUGUUAUUCAAGUAUUAUAAUUACGAUUUUCUUUGAGCAUGGCCAUAUUCAGACUAUAGAAAAUAAAAAUAUAAAAUAAAAAAAAAACAUAUCUGAAUGAGAAAAAUUGGUAAAUAUUCCGUCACUCAUAAAAGAGAUCAUGCAAAACAAGAACGCACAAUUAGGUAUACAUAUGUAUUGCACGCAUUAUCUUUAUUUCCAUACAAAAAUUUAAUUUUCUUACCGCUAGGUAUGGUCAUGCUUGCAAGUCUUUACAAGACCUAUAAUGGUUUGCGUGUCAACACUGAAGUAACAAAAAUGCAAUAUUCAAUUCCACAAGUGAUUAAGACCUCGUUAGUUACUCUGUAUGAGAUGUGCCAUAUCAUGAUUCAAGAAUAUUGAAUAAUGAAGUUGAAUUAUUUAGUAUAAGGAUUAUAAAAUUUCUUUGUACAAAGUGUACACAAUGUGACGAACUUAUUUAAUGUCAUAUUUAUACGUAUAUGGAAAAAAAUUAAAAUGACAAAUUUCGGCUAUUUACGAUUUGUUAAAUUGCUGAUUUAUGGUUGAGUAUGCAUCAGUUGUAAUGUUGUUGAGAAUGUAAGCUUCGGAGAUUUUUUGUUGCAUAAGUGCUUAAAACAGGUUCAUAACUUAUAUGUAAUAAUUAAAAAUUGUAAAAAUGUGUAUAUUCAGUUGUAAAUUGUAAUUCUAGCAAACAGACAAAUUGAUAUAAUAUUUUUAUUCAUUGUUCAUCAAACAUGUGGAUACAGUGAAAACUGAAAAUAUAUUAGACGUUUCUUAUGUAAA